ACAGUACUAUGACAGAAUUCCAAAAUGACUGUUAAUACAAAAUGUAUUGUUAUGAAUCUCGGGCGUGCGUCAUUUGCGAUUCAUGCAUUCCCAGCAGUGGGUGAGCGCGUCACUGUGCUUCCUGUGCGCGCGACCUCUCACCUCGUAUGCGUGUGCUCGCCAGCCAGUGCUCGUCCAGCCGCCGCCGCCGCAACAUGGCCGCGGCUCUCUCCAGCUCCGUGUGCGUGCUGCUCGUCGUGCUGCCGCUGCCGCCGCCGCCGGUGGAGGUGAGUACACACGCACUGCCCAGCCUGCGACACAGACACUCACGCUCGAACUAAGCCCCGGGCGCUUGUUGCAGGCGGCAGUUCCAGGCACGUUCUUCUGGAAGCCAUCAACGGAUCUUGACUUAACACGAAGGCAAAUAAACCCCGCAAAAAGGGAACCAUACAUUUACAAACCGACCGAAUGGAAUUUUGGGUAUCACAAGCAAAUGGCGAUAGCUAUCGACGGUUACAGAUUAUCAACCACCUUAAUGGCGAUAUACGUCUACGUUGAUUUUAUGAACCGUGCGUACCCGGCACUGCAUCCCUGCUACGCGGACUAUUGGACCAACGCGUACCGUUGGUUGAUCCGCUACCUCAGUCUAAUUCCAGAUUGGAUACAUGGUCGAUCAGACAACUACGUGGCUACGCACAGGGUGUGGAGGAAGCGUUUCUUCUUUAUGGAUUGGUGGAUGCCAAAGUGGGCACGCAAAUUUUUUCUCUGUGUCCCGCCUGAAUCCUGGGCUUGGGAACAAUUCACAUGGAGGAGAUGGCGCAGAUACGUUGAACCGCAAUUUGGCAAAUACUACAUCUACCCCUCCAAGGUCUUUACAGACUUUCAAUCUAUGCAAAAAGGUUCAACCGUUGAAAACUUGGAUAUGAGCUCUGCCUCCUUACAGUAGGCCGUACGUGUACGUACAUACAUUAUUUUUAUGUAUUUGAUCUUAUAAAGUUAGCUUUUAAAAACUCUCAAAGGCGUAUACAGACGCCGCCACCGCGCCGCGCCGCUUUAUUUUACUACACAUUGCUAGCUUCUAAGAACUGGUUCCUUGCGAGUAGCAACGCAAGCAAUUACUAACAACUAGUAAUGUUAGUACUAACGAGUGUGUGGUGGUUUAGUAAAAUGUUAUCUUUGAUUUAUUUCGUUGCGGGAUUUAAGAUGACAUUUGUACAUACAUGACAUGUCCUGUAUGCAGAUGAUAUUUUUUGUCGACGUAACGAUGUAAAUUAAAUAAGUUCCCUUCUUCGACUCCAUAAUUGGUUCAUUAUUGACUAUUUACCGCGCAACCGCUCAAUGAGAAAAAAACCAAAUGUAUCUUUGACUUACUAAACUUUUAAUCAAUUUAUUUUUAUACAGCAGUAAUAGUAUUAAUAGUUCGAAUUGUCAGUAUACAAAUAUGUGAGCACUGUGUUAGAAACGAUAGAUACAUUUUGGUAACUUAAUAGCUCCCCGGUUUAUUUAUUACUUAGGCUGCGUUUCCACAAAACCUGAGCUGCGCGGAGCUGAGCACACAGUGGAGUGCGAAGCGUGCUCGCAUACGGUCAUGUUUACAAAACUCGCAAAUCGCGGCCACAGCUUGUUUAACUAUGAGUACCCAACCACUCGAGUAUCCAACGAGUUGCUGGCAUUUAUUCAGCAUGUCAUCGACACGAUGAAUAAGGUUAGCAUCUUGCAAAUCCAACUUUAAAGUUGCUAUUCCUAUGUCUUGGAAAGCUGGGUGAGAUGCCAGCUCGCCAAAAAGUAGGAAUGGAAAAACGUGCAAGACAUUGUCACCUUACUGAAGGUGACAGACGACCACACGACGUGCCUGCAUUCGUGACAAGGGACUUGCACAAGCUGCCCCCUGUCAUCGUUGAUCACGUCGACGUUGCCAGGUUGCUCAAUGACCUUGAAGACAAGCCUGGCCGAGGUACAGUCCAAGCUGAUGCCAUCGGAGAACUUUCUGCGGCUUUACGCAAUACUGUUGCUGCGUGUAUGCAUCGGUCAGAGCCACUCCGCCGAACGACACGUAUGUUGUUGUUGUUGCCCAGCUACACAGCUCAGCCCUGCACUGCUCAUCUCUGCGCAGCUUUAGUACAAAAACCUGCGUAUUUACACGGCUCUGCUUUGCAGAACUCCGUGUGGCUCCGCUUCUGUGGAAACGCACCCUUAUACCGUUAUGCGUCGUACUGUCAUUCAUUGUUCUUAUAUGAUGAUGAACCAAUUUUAAAUGUGUUAUGUAUAAAAAAUUUAAUGGAAAUUGUAAAGGUGUGCGUUAUAUGCGAGUGUUUUAGAGACGUUUGAUUAAAAUCGGUUGAGCCUUUUAUAUGUUGUGGGAGGUGAAAGUGGAGAAGAAUAAACGAAUGUCUGUAAAUAUACUCGAGUUGAGUCCCAUAUAAACGCGCACUGAAAGAGAAUAUUGAUGGCUUAAUCGAGAGUGUUCUUAUAAAGCUAUAUUUGAUAAGAAAAUAAUAAAUUGAAAACAAAAAAUUUUAUGUAGAAUUUGUAAUAUCUCAUAAUGGAAUGCGUAAGAGUAUGUACUUAUGUACAGUGGGGACAGAUGCGCCUGAUCAUUUUAAAAUUUUGUUGCUCGAACCCGGAAAUAAAUGAAGCCACACCCUAUAAAUGUCUCAACUAAUAGAAAAGCGAUAACGUCGCAGUUUAGUGAUGCAACCUGUACCUGUGUUAUCCCUUAGUAGAGGUGCGUUUGAUGUUGUUCGGCUACCUGCGCUGGCGUAAACCCCGCCCACCACCCGCUUCAUUCGUCAAUUCAAGGGUGCUUACUCUUGACACCAGUCUCAAUA